UCUCACUGCUCUCUGCGUGUCUCAAGCACCAUGCCCCCGUCUCCGGGCAAGAUCCAGCCCCUGCCGAUCAAGGUGCUGUACACCAUCGAUACCUCGCCGCAGUCAUACCUCGUCGUGCUGCCAGACAAACAAGAUGUCUAUGUCCAUCCGACCGCGCCAGCGAGCACCGAAUUGCUCGGCAGUUGCUCGCUUAAAGCGCUGGCCCGGGGCAUCUGCUAUGCCAGCCCCGAAUGCGUGCCCAACCAGUCCUCCCUCGACUUCUCAGUGUACAACCUUGAGCCAUCAGCAAGCCUGAGUACCGCCGGUACCGUCCCGCCACCGCCAUCCGUCACAUCCCGCGCGUUCCCAACGCCCGCGCCGACCCCGCUCUCGUCCUGGGCCGGCAAGGGGUUUCUGUCGUGGGCCUUGUCCGAGUCGGGCGCCGGGAGCACGCUCGCCCGCGGCCGCCUGGUGCGCGAGUACGAGUUUUCGUCGGCGUGCUUCUCGGACGGCGCGGGCUUGGAGGGUCUCAUGGCUGCCGCUGCUGCGAGCAGCUCGGACGAGGCCGACGGCAAGGGCUGGGGACUAGAGGUGACGCUCACCCUGCGACAACUCAACCCCGAGGGCAAGCGCGAGUUUGCGGCAAGAUCGGCAUUUGAGGAGAUGCUCGUCGGUGGCAAGAGCUCGGCGUCGGCUCCUAUCGCUGUGGCCUCGAGCCCCACACGCGUGGUUCCCACGAGCCCUGUGGCGGCGGCCGCGGCUAGAACCGAGUUGCCUUCAAGAGCGGCCAGUGGUGUGGCCUUCGCAAGACCAGCACCGCCAAAGCCACCGUCCCCGCGUCGUCCAGCUGUUCCUCAGGCCUCUGCGCCAGCACAGCCAAGAGCUGUGGUACCCCCUGUGGCAGGCCCUUCCCGCGACACCAAAAACGAUCUCACCUCCGCAGUUAUCUCGCUGGCCUCGCGCGAGUCCACGCCGCCGCGAGCAGCUCCCCCUGCCGCCCCGGUCCGCACGCCACCUCCCCCAUCGCCGUCUCGCGCAGCCCUGAUGAGCCUGCUCAAAUCAGAGGGCAAAAUGUCACCCGAGAUGGCGAGAAAACUCGCAAACAACCAGUUCCUCGUCCGGCUGCUCAAGGCUUUGCCACCUGGUGCCAAUGGCGAGGCGGGCGGGUCACCCAGCAGAUCAGUCACAAGACCAACCACAGCAGCAACCCAGCCGCUCGGGCCCAAGGCACCUGCGUCCAGCACAUCAGAGUCGUCGUGGGCGCCUACACCCCCUCCCUCUACCGAUGCCUGUUACAACUGCGGGGCGACCGAGUCGGACCAGUGGAUGACCAAGAAGCUCAAGGACGGCCGAGCAGGGCGUGUGUGCAACGCCUGUGGCCUCUACUUUAACAAGCACAAGCGCAUGCGUCCACGAGAAGUAUGGGAGAAGGAGGAGGCAGAUAAGAAGGCGGCGGCAGCCGCUGCUGCAGUUGCCGCAGCCGCGCCUAUUGUUCCUCCAGUCCGCUCCAGCCCUCGGUUGAACAGAACAAGACAGUCCGACCCUGCAGUGGCACCCCCAGAGUCGCCGAGAAAACGCCAGCGGACAAAAGCCCAGCCCCAACCGAGCCCGCGCAUGGCCACGCGGUCAAGUGCCAAGGAAGCAGCCGACAAGCCGUCAACAACAGACGCUACGACACCAACACCAAGCCUCGGCGGCUCGAGUGCACUCAACUUCUCAUCCCACUUCCCCUUCUCACCCGGUAACCCGUUCGCGCCGACCAUCAAUCCCGACGGUACAACCGAGCCCAGCGCCGUCGACCUUGAGGCCCUCUUCCUCCAGUUUAACGAGGAAGGUAAUGCCGACGAGCACGGCACAGGGGCAGCACACGAUAAUAUUAAUCUAGGCUCAGAAGCUGCCAACAUUGAAGCCCUGUUCAGCGACCACGACGCCGAGGGCAUCCUCGAGCUGCUCAAGAGCAUUGAGAGUGAGGGGAUUGAGCCACCGACGUCCGAGGCGGCAUGA